CUGCGGCCGGGCCGGCACCGGGAGCCCCGCGCAGCCCCGCGCCGCGCCCGGGACACGGCGGCCACCCGAGACCCGGCGCCGGCUUUGCUAUGAGCUCAGGCGGGCCCUGCCCCCUGGGACCAGCAUGGGCAGCGUGAGCAGCCUGAUCUCCGGGCACAGCCUGCACAGCAAACACUGCCGCGCCUCCCACUACCGACUCCGAAAGUCCUCCCACCUCAAGAAGCUCAACCGCUACUCGGACGGGCUGCUCCGCUUCGGCUUCUCCCAGGACUCCGGCCACAAGUCCGGCUCCAAGAGCAGCAAGAAUGAGGACUUCUUCUACAUCAAGGUCAGCCAGAAGUCCCACGGCUCCCACCGGGACUACACCUCCCUGGCCGGAGGGGAGCUGGGCCAGGCGGGCGGCAGCGGCAUCGACUUCGGGACGCCCACGCCGCAGAAGCUGCUGCCCUUCCCCAGCCAGCUGGAAGUGGGUGUGGACAAGCCUCCUGCCCGUCCCACCGCCUUCAAGCCGGUGCUGCCGCGCUCGGGGGCCAUCCUGCACUCCUCCUCCCCCCCCGAGAGCGGGGGGCACCUCCCCCCACCCCUGCACCCCCCGGAGAAAGCCAAGGAGCAGGAGCUGAAGCCCGUGCUGUGCUCGGGGGGUCUGUCUGACUCGGGCAGGAACUCCAUGUCCAGCCUCCCCACCCACAGCACCAGCAGCAGUUACCAGCUCGACCCCCUCGUCACCCCCAUGGGCCCCAUGAGCCGCUUCGGGGGCUCUGCCCACAACAUCCUGCAGUGUGCCAUCAUCCAGGACAGCAACAUGAUGAGCCUCAAGGCCAUGUCCUUCUCCGACGGGGGCAACAAGAUCCUGAACCCCGGCAAAGCCCCUCACCACCACCACGGAGCUGCGGAGAAAAGCGCCUGCGUCCGCUCGCCCAUCUCCACGGACGAGUCCACCAUCCAGGAGCUGGAGCAGAAGCUGCUGGAGAGGGAGGGGGAGCUGCAGGAGCUUCAGUCGAGCUUCGAGGAGAAGGAGAUCAGCUCCUGCCAGGCCUACGAGGAGAAGCAGCGGCGCUGCAAGGAGGAGCUGGAGGGCCUCAAGCAGAAGUGCAACAGCAAACUCAAGCAAACCUCGCAGAAGACGCAGCGCACGCAGCAGGUCCUGCACCUCCAGGUGUUCCAGCUGCAGCAGGAGAAGCAGCAGCUCCGGGAGGAGCUGGAGAAACUCAUGAAGGAGCAAAACCUGCUGGAGACCAAGCUGAGGUCCUAUGAGAAGGAGAAGACCAGCUUCGCCCCAGCGCUGGAGGAGACGCAGUGGGAGGUGUGCCAGAAAUCCGGGGAGAUCUCCCUGCUGAAGCAGCAGCUGAAGGAGUCCCAGACGGAGCUCAACACCAAGACCACUGAGAUCCUCGGCCUGAAGGCGCAGCUGAAGGAGGUGAGGGCGAAGAUGGAAGGGCUGGAGAUGAAGACCCAGGAGCUGGAGGUGUCCCUGCGCACCAAGGCCAUGGAGCUGGAGGUGUGCGAGAACGAGCUGCAGCGCAAGAAGAACGAGUCGGAGCUGCUGCGGGAGAAGGUGAACCUGCUGGAGCAGGAGAUCCUGGACCUGCGCACGGAGCUCGCCGUCCUCAGGGAGCAGCUGAGCGAGGCCCGGGAGGGCUCCAGGCCCUGUGCCGGGCUGGAGGAAGCCCAAGCCCUGCAGGGAGAGGUGGAGAGGCUGCGGGCGGAGCUGGAGGCCGAGCGGGACAACAACGAGCAGAUGACCUCCGGCUUCCAGCACGAGCGGCAGACGUGGAAGGAGGAGAAGGAGAAGGUGAUCCACUACCAGAAGCAGCUGCAGCAGAGCUACCUGCACAUGUACAAGAGGAACCAGAACCUGGAGAAGAUGCUGCAGCAGCUGGCGGCGGGGGAGGACGGCAAGGAGCCCAUCGAGCUGGAGAUCCCCGGCACCGACGUGCCCUACGAGGACAUCAUCGCCACCGAGAUCUGAGCCUGCCCUGCCCUGCCCUCCCUGCAGCUCGGGGCAGGUGUCCCUCCCUUGGGGGGACACACUGCCCGUGCCUUGUACAGUCCAGCUGAGCCAUGUAUUUACCUGGGGGGCUCCCGGCCCCGCUCCCUGCCCGCCCCGGUGCUCCCCAUUGCCUGUCGUGUUACAGAGGUGAACAAGCAACUCGUGCCAGUGGUGACGUGCCAGCAGCUCCCCCCGCCCCGGCAGUGCCCCUUCUGCCCCUGGGAGGACUGAGGAGCCGGCGAUGGGGUGGUCAGGGAACAGGAACUCAGCAGAUUUAACUCCCGUCCAUGCACAGCGCCCGAGGGGUGCUCUGCUCCAGGCUCGGAGGGAUCAGGGCACAGCUCCGGGGAUUGGGGACACCAAAACUCCGGGGAUCGGGGACACCACGGUCCUCCCCACCGCCUUUGAAGGGAAUCAGCCACAGCACACGCCCAGCUCCCUGCAGGAAGCACCGACGCUGCUCUCACACCUCCUCACCCUUCUCCGUCAGUGCCAACCCCAGGGUGCUGUGGGACCACGGAGCCACCUCCUGCCACUGGCACAGCCACUGCUCCCACCCCCGGGCCGCUGCAGUGCCUCAGGAAGGACCCCCACCUGCACCCCAUCACUGGGUUACAGCCAACACCCCCCGAAAUCCCCGUUCACUCAAGGGCACAGCCCACCCUGCAGCCCCACUGCACCUCCCUGGGUGAGCCGUGGCCAGCCCAGCACUCCCUGCUCUGAUGGACGAGGACUCGGCGUCCCCCUUUCCCAGCUGCCAGGCAGCAGCUGGAUUUCAGAGCCAGGAGAAGUGUCCCAGCCACAGUCUGACCAAGGAAUCGGGGUUGUGUUCACCCCACAGCCCCCCACACUCGCUGCGACCGUCCCCUCCGGGACCCCCCGGCUGCCUUAUCUCCUGCUGUGUCCUUACACCCACGGGAUCCCACCAAGAGGAGCUGGUUAAAAGAAACCCCCCAAAAAACACCCCCACUUUCACUUUAUUUUCCACCCCAGCUCUUAAAAAUUUCCUCCUGCCACCAGCAAGUGGAUAAUGAGGCUCCACUGAAGGUCACCAGAGGUGACUCCCGUGUCCCCUGUGGCUCAGCACGGCCAGGAGGGAGGGAACCAGCCUGGAUCCAGAUUCCCAGGGUGGAGAUCUCCAGCCAGGCCUCGUCUGUGCCAGUGCAAUGAUGUUUUUUUUUACUGCAGGGUGUCUGUUCACCCACUGCCCCAGCCCAGGGGGGUUUUGGGGCAGGUCUUGCACAACCCCCUGAAGCCACAGAUCGGGCCCAGGGCUCGAAGCUGUGCGGGAGCAGCAGAACCCAGCGCCCCUCACACCAUCCCAGCCUGGAAAAGCGACACACAGAAACCAGUCUGUGCCUUCUGCACCUGGCCCCGAGCACCCCCAAGUGCAUUGCCCCAGUUUAUCCCGGCUGGGCGUCCACCCCCGACCCUCAUCCACGGCCCCGCCGGAGAAAAGCCACCCUCAGAUCCCCGUGGCUGGAAAUCGGGGCCACGCCGGGUCCAGCCUUCCCCCAGCCCUGCCCGGGGAUGCUCUGGAGCUGGGAUGGCUCCAGCUUCGAGGCCAGAAGGGAUUCAGUGCAUCCCCCAAGCCAUGGCCCCGAGUACCGGGGGCUCUGCACCCCCCUCUCCCACCCCAGAGCCAAACCCAG